GUCACGUGAUGCGAACGCGUUCUUUGGUGCCGCUGAGUUCCAAAUUUAAUUAGUGGUUAAAGCCAAGUUAGACGCGUUACACCUUGCACGCCUUCCUGUACCUGGCCAAGCGCGUGUACAUCGAUUGAAAGCUAUCCACGUCAUUAUUUCUCCUUUCCUCUAAUGCUAUCCUACGGGACGCUACGAGCAUGCAUCAGGGUCGAUGGACAAGCUCUGGAGAGCUAUGGAAUUGAGACUUUUCCAGAAGAAAACAAAGUGACGUGUUGGAUUGCUUCGGAAGCAGGAAAGACGUUCUCUGUGGUAUGGCAAGAUAUCAAUCAUCCACGCCAGUAUCACCAAGCAGGAGAUGUGACACUCGAUGGCAUACAUGGAGGGGGGCAAUUAAUGCGUGCUUUAAGCUUCAAUGAGCCACCGACGUAUCAGAGAUGUACUACGGAAUUCAAAUACGUCAACACGUCGAUGAAUUCCAUUCGUCCACUUACCUUCUCGAAGCUUCAGCUGACGGAUGAAGAUCAACACUUGAAUUCUGCACAUGCCGGGCUCGGAGAAAUUUCCUUGGCCAUCUGGCCUGUGAAUGUGAUUGGCACGAGCUACCAAAGAAAUUUAGUAUCUGCUAAGGGAACAAUGGUCCACGAACGCUCAAAGAAGGCAACAAGUCACUGUGUGGGUUUCGGAGAGGAGAUCCGCGUUCCACCUCAGCUGAUGAUCAACGUGGCCCGCGUUGGGAUAACCCCCACGGCUACAUUUGUUUUCAGGUACAGGCCAUUUGAUCGACUCGUGGCAGAUGGCAUUGCCCCGUCACCCAUGCAACCUUCACGGGGAACCAAGCGUGAAGCUCCCGUAGAGGCACCAGAAUCGGAAGAUUACAACAAUGGGACCGGCUUAGAUAUAGAUAAUGAAGCUUUGAGUGAGCUCAAUGCACUGAAAGCACAGGUGAAAAGGCUCGAGGAAAGAAUAUCCACUACCCGCAGUGCAAAGAGGGUAAAAAUAGAGGCUAGGGACAUUAUUGAUCUGACGCGGAGUCAGUGAGACGUUGAGGAGAACUACUACCUUAUGCAGCGCACGCAACUUAAUUUCGACCAACAUCUUUCUUUGGACGCUCACCUAGUCACAUUCACAUGCAUGAGAAAACGCGCUUUGAGGUUCGAUUGUCUUCCGCUCCAGUUAUGUCCCCGCCAACCGCACACCAUGACGAACGAAAUGCUUUGGACAGCAUUGCAUCCUCGCUCAUUUCCGUAGCCACUCACCAAUUAAUUCGCGUCAAAUCUGCAUCUCCAUCCUUUCGUCAUGCUCCAAUCACAUUUCAAUCUUGUACAAUUGGCUGUCGUUCGCUCUCUUGAUAGGUAUGUUCUUGCAUGAUACAUGGGCUCUCACUGACCGGGCCCUGACGAGCAGUUUAAUUGCAUACAUUGAUCA